CCUGACUCCUGCUUUCUGCUGCCGCCACUUCCGGCACCCACUCACAUAGUGUGGAAAAGUCGCCUGGAUUUAGGGACCCGAUUCUACUCUUUCCUACUCUCCAUCUCUUAAUCCCGGUAACAUGGCGGAUACAGUUGCGGACACUCGCCGGCUGUUGAGCAAACCACAGAAUCUAAAUGAUGCCUACGGACCCCCUAGCAACUUCCUUGAGAUUGAUGUGAGCAACCCGCAGACUAUCGGGGUUGGCAGGGGCAGGUACACUACUUAUGAGGUCCGCCUGAAGACAAAUCUUCCAAUUUUUAAGCUGAAGGAGUCUUGUGUUAGAAGACGAUACAGUGAUUUUGAAUGGCUAAAAAGUGAGCUUGAAAGAGAAAGCAAGGUGGUAGUACCUCCUUUACCCGGAAAAGCUUUCUUUCGGCAACUUCCAUUUAGAGGAGAUGAAGGAAUAUAUGAUGACUCUUUCAUAGAGGAAAGGAAGCAAGGCCUCGAACAAUUUAUAAACAAAGUUGCGGGACAUCCAUUGGCGCAGAAUGAACGGUGCCUUCAUAUGUUUUUACAAGAUGAAAUAUUAGACAAGAACUACACCCCAUCCAAAAUAAGACAUGCCUAAGAACUGGAAAAUGAACUGAAAUACUAUGACAUUAAAACCUUAUAAAUUUACUGUCAUCGGCAUGUUACAAUCUGCUAUUAUGAAUGUAACAUACUAAUCGCCAUCUUCUUUCUUUAAGUGUUGUUCUACAAACUGGUUCAUUUGCAGAUAUUGUGACUGCUUGGUUGCCUGUACUGGACUGUAGUUAGUCUUGUUUUACACAUUGAAAACCAUAUGUGUUGUUGAUAUUUUUUACAAUGGCCGUAUACAAAACUAAGAUAAUGAUUGUCAUAGCAUUUUGAAAAGUAUAGAAAUUCUGUCAGGAAGCAGACAAAAGGGGUUAUUUUACCCUGUCUAUUUAAGGGAUUCUGUCAUGAUUUUAUGGUGUAGUUUCUUAUUACUAGAUUACACUGUUUACAUAGCAAAUUAUUCACUCUACCAUAUACAAUGGUAUUCUUGAACCACCAAAUGUGUUUUUAGCUGUAAUAUUGGUGUGUAGGCAGUCAUCUCAGUGCAUUAUGCCCGAGUCUGAGCUUUUAGAAAGAGCCAGCACUUCACAAUGCAACUGCUUUCAGUUAAGCUGUUUCUCCUACUUAGUGUAACUGACCAGACCAAUGGCCAUUUUACUAUUGAGUGCUAUUGUCAUAUUUACCACUGGAUGGGGAAUGGGAACAUUUAAUUUUUGCAAUAUAGGUGUCGGGAAGCUGAUAUCUUGUUACCUUUCCAUUGCUCUAAAAAAAGACUGCUAGGAGGGAAAGGAAAGGGGGUGAAAUCAUUCCAGCUUGUGUGUGUGUGUGUAUAUAUCUGUAUCUCCUUUACUGUCCGAGCUAAUUGAGGCCAAUGGCACAUGGGACAGUUUCCACAGUGUAGUUUAGCUGGCAGAAAAAUGCACAAGUCACAUGGCUGAGGGCACCUGGAAAACUAAGAAUAUGUCUAGCCCCCACAUCAGAUUAUAAAAAUAAAUGUAAAAAAACGUUCUUUUGAAAACUGGAUUUCAAUACAGGAUUCUGCUGGAGGAGCACUAUUAACUGAUACAUUUUGUAAAAAUAACAUGUUUUCCUGUGACAGAAUCCCUUUAAAGGAGUAUUUUACAGUUUUAGGCAGUGUCCCAUUUGACUUGCUUCCUUUCAUUUUUUCUUUUUUUAAAUCAUAUUUUGCAUUAGUUAAUGAUUGGGGCCUUUUACAAAGCAAUGGUUAUACAAUAAGUCUGUCCCUGCUGUUUUUCAAUGGCAUAUUUAGAAAGAUGUGUAAAAUUUUAUGCCAAAAAAACUGUGUAAAUGGCCCAUGUGUAAAGAUCUGUAUUUUGCAGUUAUCGAUAAAAUAAUGCCAUAUAUCACAAUCAUGUAAAUAAUCUAUUACACAGAGCAAGUCUGCAUAUUUAUAAGUGUGUGUAUUUUACUAUUCUAAAGCCUAAAAUGACUCCAUUGUUUUACACCACUCUACACAUGGCACAAUGGGACAAUACAGGAUUCAAAGUAUUUCUGAAGUAAACAGUGUAGAUUGGUGUGUAAUACGUUUUAACACUAUGCACUGGUUUUAAUGUGGCUUUUUCCAAAGUAAUGCUUAUUUUACAUUAGAUUUUUACCUUUGACUGGGCAUUUGCAUAUCAUCACCAUGCAGCUUAAUAAAUGU